UGAGAUGAGAGGGCGGGGCGAGAUGGGAGACGGGACGGGUGGUGGGGCAGGUGGCCUGAGGUGGGGGCUGGGAGGCCGCGCUGGCCGGCGGGGCGGGGAGCAGGGGUGGGGAGAGGGCGGCGGGGGUGAGUCACCGGGCGCGGGCUGCCCCGGCGCCGGCGGGAAGCGCCUCCGAGUCGAGCCCCGUGACCCUCGCCGUUCGGCUGGCAUGGCCGCAGAGGAGCUCGGGGCAGACCCCGCACUGGCCCCAGAGCCGGCAAGGUGGAGAUCUCUACCGAGAGCAGAGACCCACCUCCCCGCAGUGCUACGACGGGGCGCCGGAGGAGCCCCAGGCGUGCAGAAGCUCACAAAGGGCCACCCGUCCUGGGUCCAUUCAUUUUCGUUCACUGUUGAUUCAACCCCAUUCAUUGAUGGGCUGGGGCCGUGCGCUGAGCGCCCACAGUCGGUGGGGAGAAGGGCUCUGGCGAACAGUCCCCACGCCGGGCGACAAGUGCUGUCCCAGCGUUAUCAAUCGGGCGCCGCUCCAGCCUAGAGGGCAGGUUUAAAUUCGUCUCCUGGCCCCUAACUCAUCCCCACGCUGGCUGGCCUGGAGAGGGUAGGAUGGGGCGGUGCCGAUAAUGGCCGUUAUGAGGACCCUAAGAGGUGAGACCCUCUCGCCUUCUGAGGUGGGGGGGGGGGGGCAAUUUUAGACGUCAGAGCUUGCCCAGAAGGCCCCUCCCUUCCCCCACUGAGGGCAGAGGCCCGCCCAGCGAUCUGAGCAUGUGUGGACGUCAAUCCAGCAGCCCCUCUUCCAGGCCCCCUCCCCAGCCUUGCAGGGCUCAGGUUACCCCUGGCCUUUCCUAAAGGUCACACAUUCCUCUUGACGUUUGCAAAAGGGGAAUGUAAUCCUGGGGUGAGGGAGACCCCUCAUCUGAAGCCCCUCCCCUGCUCCUCCCAAAGGGUGGCAUUAAAACAGGGACUGUUCCUUGGGGACAGAAAGACAGUGGGGGGAUAGUAGUUGACCUUUGGUAAGGGGGCAGGUGCCCAGGGCCAGAGGCUUCUGCUUUAGGCUGUAGUGGGCACUUGGCUGCCAGCCCAGUGUGAAGGGGGGAGGAUGGAGAGAGAGAGAGGCGGGGCUGGCUGGGGACCCAGUGGCUCAGGGAUAAAUGCGCAGCCUGAGAGGGGGUGAGCUGACACUGUCCCAGCUGCCACCUAGACUCGGAGCUCCAUCCAAACCUCCAACGAAGACAUCCCAGGUCAGCUCCAGCACCUGCCUUCUUGGAGUGGGGAAGACUCUUAAAGGGCAAGGGAUUUCUGGUUCCUUAAGAGAUCAACUGUCUACACUCACACCUCCUGUCCUGCAGCCAUGGCCAUGCAGAAAAUCUUUGCCCGGGAAAUCCUGGACUCCAGGGGCAACCCCACAGUGGAGGUGGACCUGUACACAGCCAAGGGCCGAUUCCGAGCAGCUGUGCCCAGUGGGGCUUCCACGGGUAUCUAUGAAGCUCUGGAACUAAGAGAUGGGGACAAAGGCCGCUACCUGGGGAAAGGAGUCCUGAAGGCUGUGGAGCACAUCAACAAGACUCUAGGCCCUGCUCUGCUGGAAAAGAAACUCAGUGUUGUGGAUCAAGAAAAAGUUGACAAAUUUAUGAUUGAGCUGGAUGGGACCGAGAAUAAGUCCAAGUUUGGGGCCAAUGCCAUCCUGGGCGUGUCCUUGGCCGUGUGUAAGGCGGGAGCAGCUGAGAAGGGGGUCCCCCUGUACCGCCACAUCGCAGAUCUCGCUGGGAACCCUGACCUCAUACUCCCAGUGCCAGCCUUCAAUGUGAUCAACGGGGGCUCCCACGCUGGAAACAAGCUGGCCAUGCAGGAGUUCAUGAUUCUGCCUGUGGGAGCCAGCUCCUUCAAGGAAGCCAUGCGCAUUGGUGCUGAGGUCUACCACCACCUUAAGGGGGUCAUCAAGGCCAAAUAUGGGAAGGAUGCCACCAAUGUGGGUGAUGAAGGUGGCUUUGCACCCAACAUCCUGGAGAACAAUGAGGCCCUGGAGCUGCUGAAGACAGCCAUCCAGGCAGCUGGUUACCCAGACAAGGUGGUGAUCGGCAUGGAUGUGGCAGCAUCUGAGUUCUAUCGCAAUGGGAAGUACGAUCUUGACUUCAAGUCGCCCGAUGAUCCCGCACGGCACAUCACUGGGGAGAAGCUCGGAGAGCUCUAUAAGAGUUUUAUCAAGAACUAUCCUGUGGUCUCCAUCGAGGACCCCUUUGACCAGGAUGACUGGGCCACUUGGACCUCCUUCCUCUCGGGUGUGAACAUCCAGAUUGUGGGGGAUGACCUGACAGUCACCAACCCCAAGAGGAUUGCCCAGGCCGUUGAGAAGAAGGCCUGCAACUGUCUGCUGCUAAAGGUCAACCAGAUUGGCUCGGUGACUGAAUCAAUCCAGGCGUGCAAACUGGCUCAGUCUAAUGGCUGGGGGGUGAUGGUGAGCCACCGCUCUGGGGAGACUGAGGACACAUUCAUUGCUGACCUUGUGGUGGGGCUCUGCACAGGACAGAUCAAGACUGGCGCCCCCUGCCGCUCAGAGCGUCUGGCCAAAUACAACCAACUCAUGAGGAUCGAGGAGGCUCUUGGGGACAAGGCAGUCUUUGCUGGACGCAAGUUCCGUAACCCGAAGGCCAAGUGAGAAGCUAGAGGCUCCAGGACUCCACUGGACAGACCCAGGUCUUCCAGACCUGCUUCCUGAAAUAAACACUAGUGCCAACCAAGA